UAUUGUAUUGUAACUGAAAAUAAAUAAACGAUUGAAAAAGAACUUUUCAUUCUUCAUUUGAAAUAGUAAAGGCGGGUCUUAAUUGUUUUGAAUUUAUUUAUUUUUAUUCAAUGUUUUCUAUGCAUUAUAAAAUGCUUUUGUGCGUGAGUGAUGGACGUUUUAAUAUAUUGAAAAGUUAAAAUUAUUUCGAAAUGGAAGAAGUAAGACAGUUGGUGCAAGAAGAAGGCAGAGAAGCAAGAAAUCUUGUCGCGUUUCACGUUGCGGUGGAUACUCCAGCGUUGAAAGUGUCCCGGAAGCCGCCGCGAGCGCUUCCAGCGGCUCCGCGACAUCCAGUCCGACCUUCAAGGCUUCGAUCAGCCUCCGCUGGCAGGGAUAAACGCUCCGAACUCAGGGCCAGAUACUGGGCUUUGCUGUUUGGUGAUCUGCAACGAGCUAUUGGUGAGAUUUACAACACAGUAGAAGCUAACGAGAAUCUUAAUGAGUGCCAAGAAGUAAUCCUAGUUUUGGAAAACUACAUGCGUGACUUUAAAGCUCUAGCUGAAUGGUUCAGGCUUAAAUGGGAAUAUGACAAUACACCACCUCCUCAGCGACCGCAGAGCUUAGCUUGGGAAAUACGAAAAACUGAUUUUGUGAAACCAGAACCAAGAAGUGCGUACUCACUUAAGAAUUCGCCAAGUGUAUCAGGCAAGAAUAGUCCGAUUUCCGGCUAUAAUACACCAAGUGGUAAGAACAGUCCUAGUUUAACUGGAAAAGCUAGUCCCGGAAGUGGAAAGGUUAGUCCAAGAAUAUCAUCAGGACAUUCAAGUACCAGUCCUAAAGCAAAUAUUGAAUUUUUCAGUAAUAAAAUAAAUUUAUCUAAAAUUACUGCGAAGCCUGAAGCCAAAAAUGCUAAAGAUUCUAGACUUUGCGAUAUUAAAGAAAAAGAGUUGAAGGACAAUGGUGACGAAUCUGUCAAACUCGUAGAAGAUGAAAUUUCAACAUUUAAAAUUAAAUCUAUUGAAAUUGGGCAAGCGAAACUAAGCCCGUGUGUGUCUCCCAAACUUGUUGUUAUAAAAUCUCCGGCUAAUAAAGACGUAAUUAUACCGCAUAACAAAAAUGUUUCUGCACAAGCUCAAGCAACUGAAGAAAAAUUGAAUGCUAUGGAGCUAGAGUUUCUACAAAAGCAAAAAAUUGAAAACCAAGUCAAAAAUGACAAUAUGUUAAAUCAAGACAAGGAAAGUGAAAAUGAUUUGCGUCAUCAGCAUGAGGCAGCUCAGGUAUCACUGGAAGAGAAAGAAUUUCUUAAAAGUAGCUCUUCAACUAAGUCUGAAGAUAACUUUGGUGACAUUUCAAACAAUAGCUCGCCAAAUUUUGGUCUAGAUGACAAAUUAGAUAGUGAUGUCACUGAAAAGUCUGCUUAUUCUCCAGAGCCAGCAUCGGAUCCAAUUAUCUGUGAAGCUGAUUAUAAGUCUUUUAAUAAUGAACAAAAAGAUGAAAUAAUUACUAUUAAUCCGAAUGCAAUUACUCAAACAAAUGAAAUUGUUUUAAACCAAUCGAAUAAAAUUGCAAAGUCUGAAUACAAAGAAUCAUUAGAUAAUAUAAAUGGUAGUAUAGAAACUAUCAAGUUAUCAACUGAAUAUCAGGCGUGUGACAUAGAUGCUUCGAAAAAUUGUGCAAAUCUAUCAUAUUUUGAUAAAAAAACAUCUGAGACCACAACUGAAAAACAUAUUUCUGCAAUCGAAAUAAAAAAUGAAACUGAAUCAAAUAAAACUGAAAACAAAUCUGCACCUAAACCAGCUUAUUCUCAAGCAGCAGCGAAGCCUAAAUUGUCAUCUUCAAAACCAGAAGUACAAACACAAGUAAGACUCCCUCGAAGUUCUACUGUUGUUGAAAUUCGGCCAGCAUCAUCUAAAACUCAAAGAUCUUUUCAAAGACGGACGCCAACAAAUAAAUGUAGCUAUCCGUUCAACUUAACAACAGGAAGAACAAGUUUAUUUGAUGCUCCAUCAACAGGGAGAACUCAUGUGGUUCCAAGGAAACCUUCGCUUAGAAACUCGCAUUUAGGGUCGGGUGAUGCUAAAGUAAAUUUUAAUAAAACUAAACCUAUCAGACCCUCUUCCUUAAGAGUGAACGAGAGAGGAGAUAAAGGGGAAAAUAAUCAAAUAUUUAAAGAAACAGCACUGAACUCUAAUAAAGAAGUCCACGUAGAUAUUAUGCGAAUUGAAUCAAAUGAGAGCAUAAAGACUCUUGUUCCUGACGAUGUUUGUGGAACAUCGAUUGAAGUUCUCAAUGUUGAUAAGCACGACGAUGACGGUUGGUUGACAGUGAAAUCUAGACGGGAAUCCAAAAAGCAGUCAAAGUAUUAUUGGGCUAAUAGAUUCAAACAACCCUCAGCAACAGCAAGUUUGCCAACAUUGAAUAUGCUAGAAUCACCGAAAGAAGAUCUGAGGGAAACGUUUGAGCAAUCAAAUAAAAGCAGAGCCAUGUCAGAACAACCUCAAAAAGUUGAGAGCAAGAAAACUGAAAAAUCUCGAGCGAGAGUUAAAUCUGAGAGCAAAUCUAAGGAUCCAACUAUGCGGAGGCAAAAAUCAGAUGUCACAGGCAUGAAGACCCGUUCAGCUAAGAACAGAGUUCUAACUAAAAAGGCAGAGAAAUCUAAAACGCCCAAAGAUUUUAAAAAAAACCGUUUGCAUUCGUCUUUAGAAAGCCUAACAACAGGUCUGUCGAGAUCUCAGGAGAGUGUUCAUGAGGAAUUUGACUUUGAUAAAUGGAAAGCUGAAUUCAAAUCUACUUUUAACUUCUUUGAAGACGAUGACCAAAUUUCAGACCAUAAUGAAAUCUUGAAAACGGCUGAUCCAUCGGAAAUGUCCGAGAUUGCUGAGAUGACGUCACAGAUAGAAGAGAAUGAACGCAAAAUUAGUUUGGCGCUUGAUUUUCAAACAGAAGUUGAUCAGCGAAAGUUAUGCGAAGAGGAAGAUUUGUUGAACAGGCAAAUAUUGGAGCUGCAACAAGUAUCUGACAUUGAUCUGGACACUGAAACAGAUGAUACUGAGACAGAUGCUGAAAUACCAACUGAGGAACCUCCCACCCUACCUACCCCGGAAGUGCUAGGUUCUUUAAAAGCCAGUCUGGAAGACCAAUACGAAACCGCGUUAGCUGGCAUGUCCUGGGCUGAGAGAAUUGACACAUUGGGCGUUUUAGAAGCUCUCGUAGCUCGUGACCCAGGUCGAGCCCAGCAACUUCAUGCUAAACUAUCUCAGGGCAUAAAGCGACGUGGUAGUCUACAAGAUGCCCUUCGAAGAUUACAGGCGAAGCAGGCACGCGCCGAGAGACAGCGCAACGAAUAUCAGACGGAGCGUGGCAAGAAGAUACACCAACUGUUGGCGAGGGUAGAAGAAGUCAAGGUAGCAAAGAACCAACUGAUCGACGAGAAACGAAUACGCAUGGAGAGGAGAUUGCAGAAGGCGGCCGAGAAUAGAGAUCAGCAUUUAAAGGACCGCGUGCGCAAGGCUCAUGAUGAAGAGGAGAAGUUGCGCGAGAUCGCCUUCAUCAAGCAGCUGGAGGCAGAGAACCGGAGACACGAGUUCUUGGAGCAGUGCCGCUCGCACACAACGCGUCUGCGACAGAUGAGGAGAGACCGUCUCACCAAACUGGAGCAGAAAGCUGCUCGCGAGGCGGCGGUGGGUGCUCGCAGACAGGCGCUGGAGGCCGCCAGGAGACUGCAGAUGGAGAGUCUGAUGGAGCGGAGGAAGGUGCGGGACGCGCGCCUCGAGGUCAUGAGGGUCACGCGGCGCCGGGAGCGGGGCGACGCGGCCCGGGAGAAGGCGGAAGCUGUUAAGUCUCGUCUAUCAGCACUGGCUGAGGCAGCAGAGUUGGAAGCUGAUGCGCUCCGGUCCCGCAUCAGAGACAAACAGGAUGCCAGUCAACAGAGGCACAGCUCGCAUCUACAGGCCAUCAGGGAGAAGGCCACUGGGCCAAGGCAGCCGACAACAUCCGAGAGUCAAGACAAGGACACCAUAGAUGAAGUAGACAGAGUUGAGGAGGAGAAAAGGGAGAAGUCAUUGAAGAAGAGAACAAGAAAGUUGAAGCAGAAGAUACUGGCGGGUGGUGUUUCAGUAGUAAUGCUAGAGAAUGCGAUAGAUCGAGAUUUUUUAAAUCAAUCUUCGCACAAAACUACCAAAUUGAUAAGUCAACUCAACACUAUAGUCGCGGAUUUAAUAAACAAUAUAAAUAAUAACAAUAGUGAAGCAGAUAAAAAGAAAUGUAAAAAUAAUAAUAAAGAAGCUAGUGAUAACAAGAAAAAUAAAAACGUACUUAUUGAGAAUAGCGCCGAAUCAUCAACAAAUAAUGAAAAAGGUAAUCUAAUAACCAAUGGCGUACAAAAGAAUGAAAAUAGUAAUGAUGAACUAGUCAAUGACAAUUCUAAAAUCUCCACGAUGAAUUCCGAAGACAAAAUAGCCAAAAGCAAUGAAGAAGUUGUCAAUAGUCAACCUAAUUCAGGAACGUCCAAUACUGGUAAAGGAAAGAAAAAGAAGCAUAAGAAUGUAGAGAAAACCGAUUCCGAAGAGAAACCGAAAAUAAACGGUCACGAUCUACCGAAGAAGAAGAAACAAAAUAGAGAUGUUUUAGAUGACGAUAAAUCUAGUAAAAAGUCUAAAGACAAUGAUACGGAAUCGUCCAGUAGUAGGAAGAGAUCGAAGAAAAAGAAUAGAGAUAUCAUAGCAGAGUUUGAUUUUGAUUUGGAGGAUGAUACUAAGAAGCGCAGGAGACGAAAUAAAAAUAGUGAAUUGAUAGAACUAUUAAAUGAUAUUAACAGAUGCAGAGAGAUUAACGACAGACAUGUACACGUAGACACCACUGCACUAGAGAAACUUUUGAAUGAACUGUUUAGAGCUCUAGACAGACCUGACUCAGAAUGUAGUGAUUCAUCAGCGGCCGUGAGAUACGCCGCGGUGAAGGCGAGCUAUGAUCUGCUGGGCGUGAUGGCUGAUCCUGACCGCGGAGACCUCGCUGACCAGCUGUCCACCAAGUGUACGCGCAUGGCCGUGAUGGUGAUCUCCCGCACUGUGGUGGCGUGUCGCCUGUGGGGCGCACAACUCGCUCGCACCAACAUGUGCGUGCACCUGGUGGCACUGCUCGCCGACCAGCUGGAGAAGGACCUCUCAGACCCCAAGCAGCUAGACCUGACCCGACAGCUGGCUGACUGUCUGUCCGUCUCGUUCGACGCGGUGCUCUGUCUCAGCAGGCUGCAAGAAGACGACACCGAAGACCUGCCGGUACUGAGGAGCAGGACGCACCAGUUCAUCACGUACCUCAGCCUGACGGGAUGCCUGGCCCGCGUGGAGAAGGCCGGUGAAGCUCGCGAGAACAUACAGACCCUUCUCACCGUGUGCGCCGAUCUUCUGCAGCCCUACGCCGUGGACGUGGGUCAUGAGCGCGCCCUUGCAAGGCAGUCUCUGAAAGCAGCGCUGGGCACAAGCAUAUCUGGUGCUCGGGCAGAGUUCUGUGUGCUGUUCGCGAAGGGAGCCACCCUGGAGCAGUGUGGCGGCUUCGUCAGAGCGGCCAGGACGGCGCAUCUGCUGAGGUCGCUGGCGGAAAUGGACCACACCAUCGUGCAGGAGGCCUUCGGUGAAGGCGGGUGGCCGAUAGAGUUCCGCGCGGCUGUGGCGCGACUGUUUUCACAGCACGCGCCCAACGACAAAGAGGCGCCGAGGAAGAAUACUUUGCGACUGAGCAAUGAGCGUCUAGACCGGAGUCUCUCCGAGAGUAUGGUGCUGGAUCUGAUCGUGUUGGUUGGCUUCGUGGUCGUCAACAACCCACAGCUUCAGGAGGCAAUCUGCGAAGGUUGGAGCGUGGUGAAGACGCUCUGCACAUUGCCUGCCAACUGGCUGGUGUCGCGUGAACGAAGCCACGCGCUGCUGCCGACCCUGAUAGCCCUGUCGGAGAGCCCGGCCUGCGCUGAGAUGAUCGGAGCUGAGAUGUGUCUUACAAUGCUUGAAGAAUUCUUGGAGGACAAGGAAGCGCAGAAGCUGAAAUUGGUACAAGUGAUCAAACAAGGACGGGCGAAGAGACACUCAGGAAAGAAAUAGAUACAAUACCUGCAGAUGUCACAAUUUUGUCAAAUUAUGCAAUAUUAAACCAACAAGGUAAAGUUAUAAGGUUGCAAUUUCAUAUUAAGGAUGUUUGAGUCCAAAGUAUACAAUAUUUAACAUUGAUUUUAUUUAAGCUUUCGUGAAAAUUAUUGAGUAUACCGAGGGAAUUGAUAACACGGUAGCUGAUAUUAUGAUAGCUGACAGUUGUAGCUUAAAUGAGACACUUAGAAUAUUAUUUAUAAAAAAGUUAGAGGCGUUUUAUUUUAACUAGACAUAUUUGGCUUUAAUUUAUUAAUAAAAACCGGCGCGAUACAUGUUAAUUGAUUUGCCGGUGAUCAUAAAUUUACUAACUUAAUGGUUACUAUGAUUGUGCCACUUAUUAAAAAUAACUUAUCAUAGGUCUUUCAGCUACGGCUAAUAUGCCGUCAAAUGGUAUGGGAUGUAUUAAAAAAUUGUAAAUUUGCAUAUUUUCUAAUUCUGUAGGGAUGCCAUAUAUAUAAUUAAAUCAAAUACAAUUUUUCCAUUCACAAAAAUGUUCUUUAGAAUUGCAGUCUAAUGUCGAAAAGGACAGAAAUUCUUAAACUAUUGUGAGAAUAAAAGUGGAUAAUGGGAAACUAUAAGAAUAUAUGGUAGACCUCAGAGCAUGAAAAAAUAUCCAAACUCUUUGCUAAUACAACUAUUUAUUUUAUUUCAAUUUAUAUUAUUAUAUUUACUAUGUGGAUUACUUAUGUCACUAGAGACACCGUGUUUGGGCAAGCAACAGAAAUAAACGAUUAAUUUUAGCAUCGUAGUUUUCCAUUCCCUGAAAAUCGUUGAACUGCUUAAACAAUCAGGAGUUGAAAGACAUAUGCAGUCGACAAUUCUUUAGCGAUAAUAUUGCCUCCGUAUGGUAAAUAUAUUUUUUUGUUAACUGCUCUAUAUAUUUGUUACUCGAAAUUUUCGAGACUAUCAUAUUUUAAUCAACUAGUCUGUCUACAGUGACUCUAAAUUAUUUUCCUGUUUUAAAUUAUCUCUCAAUUAGAUCUAGAUUAUAUAUUUGUAUUUAUUUAAUGGAAAUUCUACUCUAUUUUCUAACAUUUAUAAGUCCCUAUUUAUUCUUGAGGUCAAAUGGAGAAAUUGCAUAUAUUAUGGUAUGAAUAUUAAUUAAGAUAUAGUAAAUUGUAUGUCUAUUGUAAUGUGUGUACUUAUUGUAGCGAUUGUGAAACUCUACAUUUUUUGACGUUACUAUACAUAUUUUUCUAUUCGUGUACAUGUAACGCUCUAUACAUUCGUACAACAAAUCUAUAUUCUGAACUCGAUUUGUUACGUUCGUUCCUCUAUUUUUGAAACAGUAUAUAGGUACCAUCGCACAAACUUGUAAACUUGUGUGUUUGUAGUGUUAGAUAGACACGAUAAUGUAUUUGAAUGUUACUCAAACAACUCUACUUAUUAUAUUAUUUUGCGUACUAACGUGGAUAUGACUUAACCGUUAUUUUGCAAACUUAUAAUUAUCAAUAGUACGUCUGAUGUAUGAUGUACUCGUAAACUUUAAACUUCCGUUCCUUUAAGAAGAUUAAAUGUACUGCUUUGUAGACACUUUAAUAAUUUGAUUAAUGAAUGCAUAUAUGAAAGGUGUGCUAGAAGUGUGCCUUGGGGAACACCAGUUAUAAGAUGCAGGAAUAAUAUUAACCUAUUGUUAAUACAGGGAUGAUGUGAUAUUGCGAUUGGGUAUAGAAUCUCUAAAAUGUAAUUUGGUCAAUCAAAUUUGUUUUUGAAAAUUUAAAGUGAAUGAAUUUAUAUGAUUGUGGAGUGUUGCAUUCAGUCAAAUGCUUUGUCGGGAACAGUUUUGCAUUUCGCCUAUUUGUUUAUGUUGUGAUACCAAUUGUUUACUAGAACUGUGAUUAUUUGAUUUGUAGAAUUAGUUACUGUCCGAUUUAUUUUUAGAUUUUAAUAGUGGGCGAUAUAUUCUGCCAUUGUAUUUCAUCUGUGAUUUUGUUCGUUUAGCGUUUAAAGCUCUGUCGCAUGUAACCUUCAUUGUGUAACUUGUGUAAGCAAAUAAACUUGCGUUAUUAAUGUGA